GCUGAGAGACAGAAGGGAGGAGAAGCGGUUAGCGCUAGCAGCAGCAGCAGCUUUUUCAAACACAAACACGUUCCAGUCUCGCGCUCUCGGGCCCGUUUUCCUGCUCAGAACCCCGGGCCGCGGUACCGGAACAGUAUUUCCGCUAGGUUUCGGACCGGAUGUGGCCGGUGAGGCGGCGGGAGCAGCGCGCGCGCCGCGGCCUGUUUUGUUCCUGAUCCCCGGAGCCGCAGCUCGCGCGCCCGGUCCAGCACAGAUCACCGAUUUUCGUUUUUUUUUCCCCCCGCGGGGAUUUUUCGCUUUCUGUGGGAUUAAAUCGCAUGAAUUUUUCUCUCGCGCGCCGCCUGAGCGGGUCGGUGGUGCCGCUGGGUCGCGAGCGGAACCGAUUCGGGAGAAGUGUGUAGAAACAGCGGCCUGUUUUGUUUUUGCAGCCGCGGCGCCGUGAACAAUAACACACACACACACACACACACACCUCCGCUCCACGGGCUGCACCGGACACACCGCGGGGAAUAACCCGCACCACAGACUGUGUGUGUGUGUGUGUGUGUGUAGCGGAUCCGGAGCUCCGGUUCUCAGAGACUUGUUCUUCCUGCGCGCGCUCUCCGCACCGCCGCGCGGGUGGAUGUGUUCGGGACGCUACCGGAGCGCGCGCGCGGCACCUCUCCGGUGGGGAUGAUUAUUUUUGCGUAUUUCCUGCCAUGGAAGCGGGAGCGCGCGUGCACGGCGUAGCGGCUGUACCGGACGUGCUGCGCGCGGCGGGGAGACGUUUCUGCGACGUCACGGUGCACGUGCGAGGAUUUUAAUCUCGGACUGAGCGUGCUGCAUCACCCACGCGCUCGUGCACUGCGCGGUCACUAACUCAUUUAGAGCUUAUCAGCAGCGUUAGAUCAGUGUGUGUGUGUGUGUGUGUGUCCUCCUCCUGAGCCCCCCUCCCCUCCCCCCGGGGCGGACAUGAACCCGGUAAACGCCACGGCUCUGUACGUGUCCGCGUGCCGCUCGGUGCUGCGCUGCGACCCCCGGGACCCGCAGGCCCUGUCCGAGCUCUACACCCUGCUGCCGUUCUUCAGACAGUCCCUGUCCUGCCUGGUGUGCGGGAAUUUGCUCCAGGAUCCGAUCGCUCCGACCAACUCCUCAUGCCAGCACUACGUCUGCAAAGCGUGCAAAGGGAAGAAGAUGAUGAUGAAGCCGUCGUGCAGCUGGUGUAAAGACUACGAGCAGUUCGAGGAGAACAGGCAGCUGUGCAUCCUGGUGGACUGCUACAGGAAGUUGUGCGAGUACAUCGCAGGUUCUCCUCUCGCCAAGCACAUUUCCAGCGAUGACAUCACGGCUCUGCUGAACGAGGGUCUUUCGUCGGACAGGCCCGGAGACGAGGGUUUCUCCCUGAACCUGCCGCAGCACUCUCCAGCCCCCUCGAACUCAGACACGCCUCCUGAGGAGCACCAAUCCCCGUGCUCGUCUGAGAUCAAGCAGCAGCCGCCGAGCCCGCUGGGAGUGAACGGCCUUCAGGACUGUAACGGGCUGAGCAACAUGGACGAGCUGACGGCCGGCUUGCCAUCGCCUCACACCAGCGUGACUGUGGAGGUGGGCGGCGAGGUGGUGAAGCAGGAGAACUUCAGCAGCGAGAUUCCGGUGUGUGAGGCCGUCGCGGCGGCCGGUGAGGAGCUCUGUGCCUCCAGCAUGGAGAUGUGUGAGUUUGGGGAGGAUAUAAAACACACAGGCGGGACUCUUUUACUGAGCGUGGAGGAGGUGCUUAGGACUCUGGAGCCUGAUUCUGUCUCUCAGGUAGAGUGUUCUGCUAUCCUCCAGCCGAGCCUCGGGGCGGCAGCAAACAUGAACGGACCGUUUGGAUGUUCCGCCACAUCGGCCGAUGCUUCCCGACCGCUUCCCUCGCUUCCCCUCGACUCCGCGGGGGUGUUGGCUCCGCAGCAUCCUCAUCACAACCCACAGCCGUCCUCUGGAAUUUCCUGUUCUGCCGUCACUCCCAGAGUUCCACGUUCAAACCGCAAGCGCUCGCGUUCCGAAAGCGACAGCGAGAAGAUCCAGCCCCUGCCCAUCUCCACCAUCAUCAGGGGGCCGGCUCUCGGAGCCUCGGUGCCCAUGCCAAUUAAGUGUGAACCUAAAGCUCUGACGCUCACUACGCCCAACAUGGCCGCCGUGCCAAACGGCGGAGGACUCCCCAAAGUAGGCAAAGCUCUGAUAGUGCCCAGUAAACCCGUCAAAAAGAGUCUCGAGCAGCACGGACCUAAAAAGGGGUACGCAAAGUCCAAACAGAGCGCUCCGAAAACGAAAGACAAGACGAAAGAGCGUCUGGUGAGUAACCCUCUGGUGCCGGGGAGCCCGACGAAGGUGGUGUACAAGAAACCACAGGAGAAGAAGGGCUGUAAAUGUGGCAGGGCCACCCAAAACCCAAGUGUUCUUACAUGUCGGGGUCAGCGCUGCCCCUGCUACUCCAACCGCAAGGCCUGUCUGGACUGCAUAUGCCGCGGCUGCCAGAACUCCUACAUGGCCAACGGUGAGAAGAAACUGGAAGCGUUCGCGGUGCCGGAGAAAGCCCUGGAGCAGACCAGGCUCACGCUGGGCAUCAACCUCACCAGCAUCGCCAUGAAGAACGCCAGCGGAGGCGGGGCUCCCGGCACGCUAAACGUCACCUCGGCGGCAGGUUCGCCCAUGGCCUCGUUCCUGGCGACCGGGGCUCACGAGGACGAGGCGUUGGACAUGAGGUUUGACUGUUGAGCCGCGCACAGCGUUCACGUCGUCAUGUGACCCCUUAUUCCUUAUUCCAGCCCGGCUCGCCUGCGUCCCGGAGACGAGCCCACGGAGUCGUCAAUAAGGCAGCUACUGUGAUUCUGUUCCAGUUCAUGUUGUUGAUUUAGUCAUUGCUGAAGCCUGUGCCUAUAAAUCACUUGUAACCUUUUUCUUUUUUUAAAUACUUUGUUUUAUUGUCUUACACACUAUUGUGACUCGAGAGUCAUGUUACUGUAAGUUGAUGGAAUUCUGUUGAUUUUUUUUUUUCUCCCCCCAUUUCAGUACAAGUGAUCUAUAGGGCAUGAACUUUAGCAAAGAGAUGCCUGACCUCGUUGUUGAGGGUCAUGUUUAUGUGGAUUUGUGGAUGAUUUUCAGUUGGUAGGCUAGAAGACAAGACCUGUCGGAUGAAAUGGUACCUGCUACGUCAGUAGAGACUGGUUGUAUUUAUAAGCUUUUUUGUACACCGACUUACGAACCCCAAUUUAAAAGUACAUUUUAUGAUAUUUUUUAAGUUACAUUAACAACAUUUGCAGUAUUUAUUGGACAUCACUUAACAUAGAUUCCAGGCCAUGUAGGGCUUCAUCAGGAUUUCUACAGAUGCAAUUCACUGAGAUGCAGUAUGUUCGGUUUCUGUCUAAAUUAUGUUGCAGUCCUGUUUGUGCUAGUCCAUGCUGUCUAAAACUGUUUUUUUCCCCCCUUUGGGCAUUUAAAUACCUGUAAUAUAAAUGUAACAUAUUUCCACAAAAAAACAAAA